AUCUUAUCCAAUCAUCAAAUUGCAACUUCGAUACAAAGUAAGCCUAUAAUCAUGGCCCAACAGAUUGACUAUGAAAACAAAUUCCUCAGCAAAGCUGGUAAAGGAUGGAGAAGUACAGGAAUCCGUGGUUUGAUGUCCUUCGAACAAGUCGAAGGUAUGAUCAGCUUUCUUGUAGGAAGACCAGACCCAGAAACCUUUCCAUUUGAAGCAAUCAAAUUCACUCUCAAGCAGCCCCUCGACUCCAAACCGGAACCUGAUCAAAUUGUUCCUGAAGUCUUGGAAAUGAAAGAUAAAGAACUGGUUGAUGCGCUUCAAUACUCUGAUACUUCAGGUGUUCCUUCUUUGAUAUCCUGGUUCAUUGGUUUGCAACAACGUAGUCAUCAUCGUGGUGAUAAUAAAGAAGAAGGUUGGAGAUGCUCAGUUGGUACAGGUAGCCAGGAGUCAAUGCAUAGGGCGUUUCAAGCGAUUUGUGACUCAGAUGAUAGUAUAUUGCUUGAGACUCCAACCUAUGCAGGUGUCUUGGGUUUCCUUCGACCACUGGGUGCUAACCUGAUAGAGCUCCCAACGGACGCAAACGGUAUCAUGGAUCAACCCUUACAAUCCAUUCUUGAAAACUGGUAUACGGAUGAAAAGACCAAGUCAUUGAAGUUCCCCAAGGCGAUCUAUGCCUGUCCAACAGGUUCUAACCCUACAGGAGCAACCGCCUCUCCGGAAAGAAAAAAGAAGAUACUAAGUUUGGUCAGGAAAUUCGACUUACUACUAUUUGAAGACGACGCAUAUUACUAUCUUCACUUCGAUCCUCCAAACCGUGCUCCAAGUUAUUUCGAGCUUGAGAAGAGCGAAGGGGGUCAAAUCGGCAGAGUUCUCAGAUUUGACACGUUGAGUAAAAUAAUGUCACCUGGUAUGCGCUUGGGAUUUGUCACAGGUCCGGCAAAAAUAGUGGACAUGAUGGAUCUUCAAACGGCGAGCAUCAACAUGCAACCUUCAACCUUCACCCAAGCCAUCGCCUUCAAGGUCUUAUCUCAUUGGGGUUAUGAUAGAUUCAUUGAUCAUUGUUAUAGCGUGGCUAAACUAUACCAAAGAAAGUCUCAAAGCAUCGAAAAAGCCGCAAGGAGACAUUUAGAUGGUUUAGCUGACUGGAGCCCCCCUCGAGCCGGAAUGUUUUUUUGGUUGAAACUCAAUAUUGCUAAAGCAGGCGAAGACGCAAAGGUAGAUUCAAAAGCAUUGAUGAUGUCCACCGCUUUGAAGAAUGGUAUACUCGCAGUUCCAGGAUGUGAAUUUAUGGCUAGUGGUAAAAGUACUGCUUAUGUACGAAUUAGCUUUAGUAUUGUUGACGAAAAAACUGCCGAUGCCGGGCUCAGCCGAUUGGCACGUACAAUCAGAGAGGCAAGAGGCGAAAUGGGGUUGGAUCACUGAAUCUGGCAAACAACAUUUGUAGCGCUUGAAUUGAGUCUCAGCGGCCCAUCGCGCUUCAUCGUCUUGUUUUGUUGUCUCUUACUACAUAAAAUUGUGCAAAAAUGAGGUUUCCAGACCUUGCAUGUCUACU